AUGUGUUGCGAAACGAGCUGUCUUGUGAAAGAUGUUUAUAUAGUGGGGAAAACAAAUAGUUGCGAUCUAAGGGAAGAUGAGUAUUUGGCAGAGGCUGUUCGAAAUUUUACAUGUCUUUACCAUCAAAAUUGCAAAGAUUAUCGAGAAAAAUAUGGAGUGGCAAAUGCUUGGAGAAAAGUUGAACAGAAAUUGGGAUAUGACACUCGUUUGCAGCGCAGAACCCCUGGCGCUAAGUAUCAUAUCCGCCAGAUAUUAGGUUAUUUAGUUAGAUCCGAUACUCUAAACUUGCUGACAACAGUAUGGGAUUGUAGGUGCUCAUCUUAUAAGGGCUACUUAUCUGUUUUAAGACAAAUAUCUAUAUUUCUGUCAUUUGAGAAACGAAUUAUUUUAGCGAAUUCGUUUAUACCGUCUGAAGUAUUGAUAUUAAUCUGGUCCCUUACUACUGGUCAUCUCUCACGAAAACGGAAUGAGUGCGUAGCAGAGUUCUUGAGAAAUUUAAUAUAUUUAUGUCAAUGCAGGUUAUCUGGAUCAAGCAAGAUAUCAACUGCCAACUUACGUAAUCUGAACUCUAAUCAUAACCAAAAAGUAUUCCAAAUUUUUAACAUGCUUACUGCAAGAGCUUAUUAUCACAAAAUAGCAACUGCAAAGAACACUUCUCCAGUGAACGAAUCUAAUACCAAAAAGGUGUCACCAGCUCAAUGUACAAAGAAGGAAGAAAAUGGUCCAUUGUUAAUUUGCUUUCACUACAUGAAAAGAAAUUGUCGAAAUAAAAAUUGUCCUCGGUUACAUAUGUGUAAAGAAUUUCUGGUGGAUGGAAGGAAGUGUAAUCUAAAGGAUUGCAAGUUUGGAUUUUCCCACAGUCCUUUAGAUGCACACAACAAAAAGAUAAUGUUAAAAAAUGGAAUUCAAGAUAAAAAAUCAUCAGAGUUACUUAAACACCUUCGUAGUUCAUUUCCACGUGUGUGCAGCUACUACAGAGAAAAAUCUGGUUGCUCUAAACCUCAAUGUCGUAGAAUGCAUAUAUGUCUUAAAUUUUGCAUUGGCGAAUGCACCAACUUGAAUUGCGCUUUUUCGCAUAAUUUGAAAGACAAACACAACUUAGCAGUUCUUAGGUGCUUUUCGCUGCACAAGAUAUGGCAUAAGAAUAAGUCUACCGAAAAAGUAUUUAUUCUAUCAAAUAUUUUGUUUUCAAAGAUGAGUCAUACAUAUCCCAAAAAACAAACUUUGAGAUAUGCAUCUACUGGAGAUAUUGUAGAACGGAAUCCAAUAUACCACUCCACCUUAAGUUUAUCUGAGAAUAAUGUGGUUAAAGAAUCCCAAAGUGAUUUACAGGAGGACAAAGGCAGUGUUGAAUCGGAAGAGGAAGAAAGCAUUGAAUCGGAAGAUGAGGUACCAAGAGAGAAGGAUGUAUUUGAUUGCAUUCUUAAAAAUAAAUCAGAUGGUAUUUGUUUAAUAUCUGAUGUAUCCACCCUCCUUAACCUGGAUAAUGAAGAAUCUACGCUGUCAUGGUUACAAGACCACGAACACACAUUUCGAAUUGUCACAACUCCAAGCAAUGAGAGACAUGUUUAUUUGUUUCUCGCAGAAGUGCGACCGUGUUAUAAAUAUUGGCAGAUGAAUGUCGGGUGUACAAAGCCUGAUUGUAAAAUGUUUCAUAUAUGUCAAGCAUUUCUAUCAGGGAAGUCGCAUAAUAUGCGCACUUGUAAAUUGAACCAUAACCUGAAAGAUCCACGAGAAAAGAAGCUCAUGCAACAGUUGGAAUGGUCUGUGAAUGAGGAUCAAUUAUUACUAUUACUUAAAAUGCGAUAUCCAUACGUUUGUUCAUAUUAUACAAAGGAGAAUUGUGAAUAUGGUGAAGAUUUGUGUCCCAAUCUACAUGUUUGUAUCGAUUUUAUGGAAGGUAAUUGA